GGUAAAGGGAGCGGAACUGUCUGUACAAGAUCUGGCCGGCGUUAGAAUGUUCAAAAAUACUGAUAUUAAAAACAACAAUAGUAGUUGUUUUGCUUUUAAAAAUAGGCUAGGGACAUUUUUUUACUAAAAGGACAACUACCGUGUUACACAUAUCCAUAAAAUAUCAAUCGUUACCCUUAUUUCUUUGAUGCAUAUCGUUACUGACUAACGCUCAGUAAAUCAAGCAAGAUACAAUACUUCGAGUCAGGAGCUGUCCUUUUCAGGCAGGGCUGAUUGCUAUGCCGGUGAAGCUCCGAGGCAUGUAUGGCACCCCCUGUUCCCCCAGCGGCUCCAGUGGCAGUGACAGCAGCAUCAAGGAGCUGCUUGGGGCCCUGUGCAACACCUGUCUGUCUGGGGUGUCAUGGAAGCGGAGGGCACUGGGUGCAGUCUCGCGAGAGGGAGCAUGCAGAGUUUUGCAAAACCGUGCCUAUGUGACCCUCCUGGCUAAGAUCUUCCAGCGGGGAACUGAAGAAGGCUCCCCCAAACCCAGUCUUGUCAGCACUAUACCUCCCAGAAACAAGGUGCUCAUGAUCUCCUUCAACCUGCGGCUGUCUGGCUGUGCAGAUAAGGCUGACAGGCUGGAGCAGCUGCUGGGGGAGCUGCCUAAGGGGCCAACCUCUGGUGUUGGGGAGCUGGACUCUGUGCUUGAACUUCUCGUCCAGCUGGCUGGUUCAGUACCCCCGCCUGCCCCCUCCUUCAGCUGGGACUAUAUGAGCAGGAAGUUGCCAAUGAAGAGACACCCCCAGCUCACGGGCUACCAGAGCCAAGAGCUGUGGAGGCUGGAAGCCAGGGUUUGGUCCCUCAUUUGCAGGGAAGAGUGGUGGGCACUGGGGGCUUGUCAUGGGACUCUGAGGGUGAUGGAUGCUCCACCAGGGACAGGACUGAUGACACUGGGGCGGGGGGGUGAGUUGGAGGAGCGUUUUGAGAGAGAAACACGUCUGUCGCUGUUUGGAGCCCUUCAGCACACUCGCACCUCAGACCUGGACAUAAGACUGGACUUGCCCCCGGUUCCCAGCAACAUCGAGAUCACUGGCCUGGCAAUACGGGUUCCCCCUUAUUUGGAUCAGUCUGAAGACGAGGGCUUCCAAUCAGCUUCCAACUUGACACCAGACUCGCAGUCCGAGCCGAGCCCAGGUCCGGAGAUCGAUAUCUGGGAGGCUUUGCGAAACUACAAGCCUGGCCGACGACGCUGCUGGGAGACUAUCGGCUGUCCCCCUGGGACAAAGGAGGUGCCGUACCUCACUGAGGCAGGCAGGGAGGCAUUUGACCAUCUAUACAGGCUGUGGGAGGACCAGGUGAGAGCACUGAGCUCCACCAUAACCAUGGCUGUGCUACCCUUACCCCUCCUCAGCCAGACUCAGCUGGUGGGCGACCUGCUAAACAUGCUCAUCGGAGUAGCAUCUGGCACCUUCCCUCUGAACCCGGUCAGUGUGCAGUUCGAGGUGUGCCCCGGUGUGUGCAUUUCGGGCACGACACCUGAAAGCAUAACGCUUCUCCUGGGGGAGCUCGCACAGUAUGGCACCCACUACCUCAGGCUGUGCCACUUCUCGUUGCAGAGUGCCCACAAACGAGGCCUGGUCUUUCAGGCUUUUGCAGGCAGCCUGCGGCGGUACCUUCACUACUACCGCGCAUGUGUGCUUUGCACCCCCCCCACUCUCAGCCUACUCACCAUCGCCUUCCUCUUCCGGAAGCUGGGCAGGCAGCUCAGGUACCUGUCUGAACUAUGCUGUGUGGAUGGGAGCAUGGCCGCUUGCCAGAACACUUUCCCUGCGGGUGUGAAGCUCUUGUCCUACCUGUACAAUGAGGCCCAGAGUAACUGCAGCAAUGAGAACUACCCUAUUCUGCUCUCCCUGCUGAAGAGCAGCUGUGAGCCGUACACAAGGUUUGUGUCUGACUGGGUGUACAGUGGGGUGUUCCGGGAUGUUUACGGAGAAUUCAUGAUCCAGGUCAAUGAGGACUACCUCAGCUUUCGGGACAAGAACUUCUGGGUACAGGGGUACACCCUUAUCUCUCAGAAUGUUGAAGAAUGUGUUCCGGUCUUUCUACGUCACAUUGCCAAUGAUGUGUACGUCUGUGGGAAAACCAUCAAUUUGCUGAAGAUAUGCUGCCCCCAGCAUUAUAUCUGCUGGUCCGAGCUGCCUUUGCCCCGGAUUGCCGUCACCUUCUCUUUGCAAGAAGUGGAGGAGAUUGAGCGUGAUUGUGCUGUGUAUCGAGGCCGUAUGGAAAGGAUUGCCAAGCAGAGUGCCCUCAGCAGGGAAGAGAAGACCCUGCAUGCAGAGCAUGCUCGACAGGAGCUGAUUCUGCAGGUCAGAGAGUCUACAGCCAAGACUCUGGAGAACAUUCGAGGCCGCCAGCUGUCCCAGCAUCUGGCGGCAGAAGCCAAAAAGAGGGAGCUUUUCGAGGAGUUGAAGGAGCACCUGGAGCAUGACCGGGAGUGGCACAGCUCAGCAAAGCUGAAGAAGCAGGAGGAGGACUUCAGCUUUGCCAGGGAGCUGCGGGAUCGGGAGAAGAGACUGCAGGCUUUGGAGGAGCAGCUGGAGCAAAGAGCCAGGAAGGAACUGAUCGUGCAGUACAGCCAGCUUUCAGAGGAGGCUGCAUGGAGGGAGCGGAGGGCACUAUGGAGGGCACAGAGACUCUGGCUACACCAGGCCAGGACUCGGUAUCUGCAGGAGGAUCAGCAAUUAAUUGAGGCUCUCCUGGAGAGGUUUCCACUAGAACAAAGGGAAGUCUCCCAGGAAUCCCCCCCUUUAUUAGCCAGCUUGGAGCAGCCCAUCCUGGAACAAAAGGUGUCUGAUGGUGCAUCCGAGAGAUCACAGGGCGUUCUAGACAAUGUCUCUACAAUCAUCCCACAAAUCCCUGUGGCUUCUACCACUCAGCCCACUCCCAUCAAUAACCCUAAGCCCUUAACCCCAGCUGAGCCGAACCUCAAUGAUUUUCUCAACAAACUUCCUCGAGCUGCAGACAGUCGACAAGUGGAUUUGGCUUUGCAGGAUAUCGGCUCUGACCUUUCAGAGGGAAAUUCUGCUCUAAUAGAACAUGACAUCUAUACAGAUAUUCCCCAUAACCCCCUACGGGCUGUUUGGCCUCGGUGGGGUCAUGCAGUACAGCCACACUUCAGUUGCCUAACAGGACUGACCUAUGACCAGCAGAGCUCCAGAAAUGAAUGUCAGCUUUCCACAGUUGACUCUGAAAUCAUUCAAGGUCUGUUACCACAGACCGGGAUGCAGGACACUUGUCCAGAGUCAGUAAGUGUAGGUCCAGUUGUUGAGGUCGAUUCUACUGUGCAGAAACAGGCAGAACACCUUGCAAGUGCCUUUGUUACUGGGGGAGAGUUUAAGUGCAGUCAGAUCUGUGCUGGCAGCUUUGAGGACCUUGUUUCCCAAGUAAAGAUUGAAUCAAAUGAACCUAUACCUACUGUACAAGGAUCUGCUUCAGAUGCAAGCUCAGAGCCUUCAGAGCCAAAGCCCCUGCCUGACAGUACGUAUGGACGCACUUCAGACUCUACCCUUGGAAUUGGGUGCAUAGUUUUGGGCACAGAACCAGUCCCGGCCUCACUUCCUGGAAGUGCUUACGGACACUCCUCGGACUCUGUGUUGGACGUGAGCUGUGUGGUUAAAGGCCCAAAGUCAGUCCAGGCCUCACUUCCUGGAAGUGCUUACGGACACUCCUCUGAGUCUGUGUUGGACGCGGGCUGUGUGGUUAAAGGCCAAGAGCCAGUCCAGGCCUCACUUCCUGGAAGUACUUAUGGACACUCCUCGGACUCUGUGUUGGACGCGGGCUGUGUGGUUAAAGGCCAAGAGCCAGUCCAGGCCUCACUUCCUGGAAGUACUUAUGGACACUCCUCGGACUCUGUGUUGGAUGUGGGCUGUGUGGUUAAAGGCCCAGAGCCAGUCCCGGCCUCACUUCCUGGAAGUGCUUACGGACACUCCUCAGACUCUGUGUUGGACGUGGGCUGUGUGGUUAAAGGCCCAAAGUCAGUCCAGGCCUCACUUCCUGGAAGUGCUUAUGGACACUCCUCGGACUCUGUGUUGGACGUGGGCUGUGUGGUUAAAGGCCCAGAGCCAGUCCCGGCCUCACUUCCUGGAAGUGCUUACGGACACUCCUCAGACUCUGUAUUGGACGUGGGCUGUGUGGUUAAAGGCCCAGAGCCAGUCCAGGCCUCACUUCCUGGAAGCGCUUACGGACACUCCUCAGACUCUGUGUUGGACGCGGGCUGUGUGGUUAAAGGCCCAGAGCCAGUCCAGGCCUCACUUCCUGGAAGUACUUAUGGACACUCAUUGGAUUCUGUGAGUUGUGUGUUUAAAAGCACAGUGCCUGUACAAGUCGCAGCUGUUCUCGAUGAGACCAGUGUCAACCUGGAUGCCAAGAACCCAAAAUUUGGUACCCCCAAGGAGCACAGGCUGCUUGAAGGAAUGUCUGUAUGGCCAUGCAGCCUCCCGAGCGGGGAGGCAGAGGAAGAGGAUUACCUCCGCUGUCUGGCUACGCAGUACCCAGUGGAGCAGUACCAAGAUGACUACCACCUCCUUACAGCGGCCUAUGACUCUCAGCUGCUUCAGCAGAUCAUCCGUGGUCCCUAUGGCUUCCCAGGGUCCCCAGCGAUGUGGAGGGCCACCGAUGCCACAGCUGUGCAGCUCAGCGAGAUGGUGUCUCUGCCUGUAUUGAUGAAGCACUCCGUCACUACACCACUGAUCACACAUGUGUCCCUGGUAAACAAAGCCGUGGUGGAUUACUUCUUUGUGGAGCUGGAGGUGGAGCACCACUUCGAGGCCCUCAGGCACUUCUUGCUCAUGGAGGAUGGCGAGUUUGCUCAGUCACUCAGUGAUUUGCUGUUUGAAAAGCUGAGUAGUGGCCAGACUCCUGGGGAGCUCCUGACACCCCUGGUGCUGAACUCCAUCCUUAGCAAGGCUCUGCAGUACAGCCUGCAUGGGGGCAACGCUCUGGCUGCCAACUUUACCUUUGCCCUACGCUUCCUCCCUGAGCGCUUCCACCCGCACGCCCCUGACGCGCUGCAGUGCCUGGAGCUGUGCUACAAGGUGGAUUGGCCGCUGAACAUUAUCAUCACCGACAGCUGCAUGGACAAAUACAACCGCCUGUUCUCCUUCCUCCUCCAGCUGAAGCACAUGGUUUGGACUCUGCGGGAUGUCUGGUUCCACUUAAAGAGGGCUGCACUGGUAAAGGGGGCUGGCCAGUCAACCCAGUUCCGCCAACUGCAGCUAUACCGACAUGAGAUGCAGCACUUUGUCAAGGUUAUUCAAGGCUACAUCGCAAACCAGAUCCUGCAGGUGUCCUGGAGUGAGUUCACUCACAAACUGGCCAACAUCAGCGACCUGGACUCCAUCCAUCGCACCCAUGCAGACUACCUUAAUAGGGCCAUCUUCAGAGGUCUGCUAACAGAGAAGGCUGCCCCCGUCAUGAACAUCAUCCAUAGCAUUUUCAGCCUGAUCCUUAAGUUCCGAGCCCAGCUGAUCGCACAGCCCUGGAGCAACCAGCAAGGGGAAGCAGUACAUCCCAGUUUUGUGGCCAUGCAGCAGUCCUACAACACAUUUAAGUACUAUUCCCACUUCCUCUUCAAAGUUGUCACCAAGCUGGUCAACAGGGGUUAUCAGCCUCACCUGGAGGACUUCCUGCUCCGUAUCAACUUCAACAACUACUAUAAGGACUUCUGAGGAGCCUUUCAUGAGACAAGGCCUUUAGUCAUGUGUAAAAAUGAACAGAACCAUGGCAGACUUCUGUCCCACUGUUAAACGGACAUAUGAAAUGUCCAUGUGUUUGUUAAAAGGAUAUAUAAAAAUACAGAUUGUUUGCUCUGUGUAUUUGUGCCGGUUCAUAUGCUUUGUACAAUCUCAUACAAAGGUAAAUAUUGUAUUUUAAAUUCCUGAAUAUAUGCUUUGAACAUCUAGAGGUGAUAAUGCAUUUGCUGAUGUUCAGUGUUUUGCAGUGUGAAAUGAAAGAACCAAUAAAGACUAAUUUAAACAAGA